AUGGUGGAAGAUCCCUCGAUCCAACAUCUCAUAUCUUGGGCCAAGGAGGGCGAUAUGUUUUACGUUUACAACUGUAUUGAAUUGUCAAGUUCGGUACUGCCAAAGUUUUUCAAGCACAACAACUGGCAGAGUUUUGUCCGACAGCUUAACAGUAUGUGA